AGGUUCAAACGGAGUUUCCGGAGUUGUGCUCACUUAUAGUUCGUGUCUCAGCCAUGAAGGACCUGAAGUCCACCGAGGAGAUCUCUAAAAUACUGGAGGAAGCUCCUACAGCUCGCAAAGCGCUUCUGGAUAAUUACACCAACCUGUGCGAUGUGGCUAAAUACUGCGAGAGCAACUAUCUACAGCCGGGUGAGGAUCCAAAGAAAGCUCUGGAGGAAACCAAGGCCUUCACCACUCAGUCUCUGGCCAGCGUGGCCUACCAGAUUAGCACGCUGGCAACCAACGUGCUGAAACUGCUGGACGCUCAGAGCGCCCAACUCGGCCACAUCGAGUCAAACAUCAACCUCAUCGGCCUGACGGUGGACAUGCACAGAGAGAAAGUGGCACGGCGAGAGAUCGGCGCUUUCACCGUGGCUAAGAGAUACUCCAGGAAUGGAAAAGUGAUCCCACCAACAACCGACAAAGAACCCAAACCCAAAUACAGUCGCACCCCCAUUUCAUACAGUCACCUGGAUACACUGGGUCAUGGCAUGAAGGACUCGGCAAAGCCUCAAGAGAGGAAGGCAACCCUAAACCGCAAACACGGGGGCACACUCAGUAGGAACAGUCGUCCUGCCGAGUGUCCUGUAGCCCCGACUUUGUCACGUGGAUCGUCUGUGACCUCGCUCUCCGAUAAAUCCGCCACCUCCAGUUUCGGCAAAGCUGUGGCUCCUCCGGUCGUCCCCAACUGGCCCGUGUCUCCUGACUCUGACAUCGUCAGCACCCUGCUGGAGGAGACGCCUCCACCCCCACCCCCACCGCCAGCGCCACCCUCGCUGAUGGACGGAGUGGGAAACGCGGGGUCUGAGAAUGUCGUGGCACCACCACCACCACCACCUCCUCCACCUCCUCCAUUUGAUCCAUGUGACCUGCUCCCUCCUCCACCAGUAAACCCAGUGGUGGAGAACUGUGAUCUAGAACCUGCUCCACCAUUAGAGACAGUGCCGGAGGAGAAUGGGCUUCCUCCUCCAGUAAGUGUUGGACUUCAUCUUCCUGUUCCACCUCCUCUACAAGGCCUCGAGAACGCAGAAGCUUGUCGGUCUCGUCGGCCUCGGGUACGACGCCCUCCCACUGCUCGCUCGCUCUCUCUUCGGAUACGCUCGGGCUCCUCCGCCCCCCGCUUGCUGCACUCGCGCUCUCUUUUCCUGCCGGACCGCCAAUCACUCAUUAUCCCCCCGCCCCCUCCAUACCCACCUCCUCUGGCUCCGCCCACUUCUCUAAGCCCUCUGUGUCGGAUUCCCGCCCGCCUGCAGCACCUGGAUCUGGAGAUUCCAGCUCCUCCUCCACCACCGAUGGAGUGCAUGGACGGGUUUGAGGAAAUUCCUCCUCUUCCUCCACCUGUGGACUACGAUAUCUCUGCUCCUGCUGAUUACCUGGAAAAAGUUUUAGCUCUGUACAGUUUCGAGGCGAGUAAACCAGGAGAUCUGAGCUUCCAGGGUGGAGACGUUAUCUACCUGACCAAGAGGAACGAGGACGGCUGGUGUGAGGGGGUCCUCAACGGCGUGCAGGGAUACUUCCCAGGAAACUACGUUCAAUGAACCAGUUAAACCAGCACUGCCAGUCUCGCCUGUACAGUUAAACAUCGGUGUGUUACGAUCCUGGCGUUUAGACAAGCUUUAGUAUAAAUAAUGAGAUAUUAAAGCUGCAGUAUGUGAAUUAUGAAGCAUGGACCUGCGAUGCACACAGUUCAUGGGGUGUUAGGAAAGCAGUACUAGGAAUAUAUUUGUAUAUAAACUGAGAUAUAUAAGAAAGGUACACAGGGAAAAAUUAUAACUUCAAUAAACAGAGACAAUUAUUUAUGAUUAAUUCAUAAAUUGAUGUUACAGAAUAUUCUUGCCUUUUCUUGCAGUGACGUGUUUAUAUCAGAGAUGUCAUCACUUCCAUAAAGUUACAGAAGUUACAUACUGCUGCUUUAAUGAUUCUGAUCACUGUGAUAUACAGAUUUUUCCUUGUAAAUGAAUCGACUGUCUAGAUCAGGAUCUGGAUCAUGUUAAGGUCAAUAUAGUUAUUAUUUUUGUAUUUAUUUACAGUGAACGCUGCAACUAACAAAGUCAUGAUUUAAACACACCUUUGUCAACUCUAUGUCCAUUUUUCCUUUAUUAAAUGCAUAUUAAAUA